AUGUCGGUUGAAGGAGCAGCAGUGACAUACACCACGCCCGGCUCAGAUUUCGCCCGCAUUCUAAGCGAAACAAAAUUCGCCAUUGACUUUGCCAAAAUCAAGCUGGAUCAACUAGUGCUCAAAGCAUUAGCUACCCCGAUCAACCCCGCCGACUUGGGCCAGAUUAUAGGCGGGUACAACGACCCCAAACGGAUCUCGGAUCUAGGCACAUCCCCAAACGAACCCGUUAGUGUCGGAGGUAACGAAGGCGUAUACGAGGUGGUCCACGUUGGCGAUGCCGUGCAGCUGUUUCAAGUGGGCGACCACGUCAUCCCGCUCUUGCCCUCGUUUGGAACGUGGAGAAGCUACGCUAUCGCCACCGCCACAGACUUAGUUGGCGUCAAUGGCAUCUCGAUUGAGCAAGCAGCUACCAUUUCCGUCAACCCAGCAACGGCGUAUCAGAUUUUGAACCAGUUCGUGCACGAUUGGAAUCGCGACGGUAGUGGCAAAGACUGGAUCGUGACCAACUCGGGUAAUUCGCAAGUGAGCAAAUUUGUCUCUCAAAUCGCCACGAGACUAUACGGAGUCAACGUGUUGUCCGUGGUGCGCGACGGCAAAUCCGCUGCGGAGAUCGACCACUUGAAGCAAUUGGGAGCUAAGUACGUGGUGCUGGAGUCUGAGUUCAAUAGCGCCGAGUUUGACAUUGCGAAAUAUACUGCCGGCGGCAAUGUGCGCUUGGCGUUGAAUGGAAGCUCAGAUUCAACUGUUGCGGCUCUUGUGCGAAGCUUGUCGCGAGAUGGAACUUUGGUGACUUAUGGCGUUGUCGGCGGCACCAAGAUUGAGUACGAUGCGAGGUUGCAGUUGUUUAAGAACUUGUCGACGCGCUCGUUUUGGUUAACGGCCAACACGUAUGGUAAUCCUGAAUUUAAACGGGAGACUGUGAACAAGUUGGUGGAGUUGUACCAACGGGGUGAAAUUGUCGAUGUUCCUUAUACGAAAGUCGAAUAUAAGGGCGGUGAGCAAGACUUGGCCAAGUUGGUGGUGGAUACCAUUGCUCAAUCGAAAAAAUCGGGUAAACACGUCAUCUUCUAUUGA